AAUCAGGAUUCAGAGUGGGCGUGCCAAUCACGGAUAACGGAUCUACUUUCGCUCGCCCAUCUUCCAGCGGUCGUCAGUCCAAAACCUUCGGAAAACAAUCCAUUUUUGAAUAAAAAAAAAACAAAAAACAUUCAAAGAGUGAUGAUGUAGGCCAUACGGGAAGAUGGAGAGGCUGGUCACCGAUGUAGGAACACGCUGAGUGAGUGACAUCGUCUGCGGCUAGCUUCAUGCUAAUGUGCUAUGAGAGCUAGCCUGUUUGUCUCCUGCCUUGCCAAGUCAAGAUGUCCCUGGCGCAGAGGGUCUUGCUGACCUGGGUCUUCACCUUGGUCUUCCUCAUCAUGCUCGUACUGAAACUGGAUGGGAAGGUGCAGUGGAACUGGUUCCUCAUCUUCUUGCCGGUGUGGGUCUUCGAUGGCAUCCUGCUCCUCAUGCUCACCAUCAAGAUGGCCGGUCGCUGCAAGCCAGGUUUUGACCCGCGGAACGGCUCACCGGACCUGCGUCUGCGCGCUUGGUACCUGGCGGCCAUGCUGCUCAAGCUGGCCUUCUGCCUGACGCUGUGCGCUAAGCUGGAGAAGCUGGCAGAGGUGAAGCUCACGUUGGUGUGCAUUCCACUGUGGACCAUGCUGCUGGGAGCGCUGGUGGAGCUUGGCUUCAAUAUCUUUCCAGAGAGGAGAGAGGCCUGACAAAUGAUGGAACAAAAAAAAAAUAAAAAAAAUAGACUACUAAAAAUUAGACUACUUUGAACAACACACUGGAUGAUUACUUUUAUUUGUUCCCAUUAUGUUGAAUAUUUGUGAUUUGAGAAUGUUUAUUUUGCACAAUUUUAAAGCUCAAUUUUGCAUCCAAAGUCAAGUACUGUAUUAAGUAGCUGAAGUUCCACAUUGUCAACCGACUAAAUGUGACGUGCUGUUUAGAAAUGACCCUGAAUUUAAUGAACAAACAAUGAAUGAUACUUAUUAUGUCUCAUAGAUGAAUUGCAUUAUUUUGCACUGUGCCAAUGUAAAUAAAUGAUAAUGCAGUCAAUGCGUUGUGGCUCAUCAGCAAGAAAUAGAAACAAUAUGCUGACCGAAAGAAAGACAUUGAACUUCUUCUGAGAAUGUCAAUAUUUCAUCCAGUGAGCCUUUUAUUAGUUUGGCUCUUAUUUAUUUAAAGUAGAAACCCUUCUACGCGUUUGUCUUUACAAAACCUCUUAUAUACACUACAGUGCUGACAGUGAAAAAGAAAAUGGCUAAAAUCAAAUAGAAAAACACACAAUUGAUAAAUAAUCCUGAAAAAAACAAGUCCCUGAAGACUUUCUACGGUCAUUGCGAGUUUGAACACAAAUAGAAAGAUCAUGUCAGGUUUUUCCAUUUCUGGCUGACCACACCUGAACUGUUUAAAA